GUACUAUUUGACCCUCUCCGGCAGUAUCUCAUUACAAUAAUUGCUAAUCUCUGAAUAAGACAGCCAUGUUUUGUGAGUAACAUAGGGAGAGAGAGAGAGGUUGUGUUAAGACAGAUUUUAGGUGUUUCCACAAAUAGAGUGCUGUAAAUGCUUGCUUUGGAUUAUGCUGUCUUGAUAGCAUUUGAUAAUAGAGAUCUGCUGACCCAGAGGUCAGAAGAACUAGGAUACAAUAAUAUGGAGUCUGGAGAGCGGUUAACGUCAACAGCAGCCUCUUCCACUGCAGCUUCAUCUCCUGCCUUGUCCUCAGCAUCCAUCGUCUCAGCAAUUUCCAAAGGUGGCCUUUCCACUGGAGCCACAUCACUUAGCUCCACAAUCAACGCCUGUGGACAUUUAUUCAGAACAGCUGGGGAUCAACCGUGUAACCUGUCCACAGUGUCGAGUGCCUUUCCAAUGGUCAGCCACCCAGUCUUUGGUCUACAAACAGCCAGCUCAGGGCAUACAGAAUUUGGUGGCUUGGGGUCACUUGGUACACCCAUAGCCUUAGCAGCGCACCCCCAGCUAACAACUUUUCCAGGUAAACAA